AUGACCCCUAAAGAAGGAACGGGAGCAACCUCCUUUCACUUGGUGUAUGACGGCGAAGCAGUCGUCUCCGUUGAAGUUGGAGUAGAGUCCGACCGGAUAAAACACUAUGACGAGGACAACGCCGAGUGGAGACUCUUGGAGCUGGACUUGGUGGACGAGGCACGUGCUAAAGUCGUCGUCCGGCUGAUGGCUUACCGACAAAGGAUGAGGCAGAAUUACAAUCGAAAGGUAAUUCCAAGAUCAUUUCAGGUUGGCGACUUUGUAUGGAAGAAGGUAAAGUCGGUCAGCAACGUCACCAAGUUGGAAGCUCCAUGGGUCGGACCCUUCAGGAUUGUGGGAAAGCUCCGCACGAGGGCCUACUACCUAGAGGAUGAGGACAGACGGUGA